AUGGGUGUUACCGGUCUCUGGACGGUUGUGCAACCAUGCGCGCGACCAACGAACCUAGCGACCCUUAAUCGCAAAAGGCUUGCAGUCGAUGCCUCGAUUUGGAUCUACCAAUUCCUCAAAGCUGUACGCGACAAGGAAGGAAACGCAUUGCGCAACUCGCAUGUCGUUGGUUUUUUCCGUCGCAUUUGCAAGCUUCUUUGGUACGGUAUUGAACCAGUCUUCGUCUUCGAUGGCGGUGCACCCGUACUCAAGCGACAGACAAUCCAAGGUCGAAAGCGCAGACGUGAAGGCCGUCGCGAAGAUGCUGUUCGAACGGCCGGCAAGCUAUUGGCAGUACAGAUGCAGCGCAUUGCGGAAGAAGACCAAGAUCGCAGACGAAGAGACCGAGAACGUGAUAUAGCAGCUAGGGAGGAGGAGCAACAAGAAGUGAUUCCAGAAGCUAGCGAGCUCGUCUACGACGAUGAGGCUCUCAUGUCACAAAACGAACGACAAAAAGGAAGAACAUUCCGAAAACAAGACGCUUACCACCUACCAGACCUCAAUGGAGGUGGUAUUGCAGCAAUGGGCAAACCUGAAGAUCCAAGAAUUAUGAGCGUGGAGGAAUUGGAAGAAUAUGCCCGACAAUUCCAUGAAGGAGAGGACAUCAACCUUUACGACUUCAGCAAGAUUGAUUUUGAUGGCGAAUUUUUCAAAAGUCUUCCUGCCCCGGAUCGAUACAAUAUUCUUAACGCAGCACGACUUAGAAGUCGACUGAGAAUGGGCCUUAGUAAGGAACAGCUGGAAGAAAUGUUCCCAGAUCGCAUGGCAUUUUCCAAAUUUCAGAUCGAUAGAGUCAAGGAGCGCAACCACCUCACACAACGUCUUAUGUACGAAGUGGGCAUGACUGGCACUGAUCUCACUCUUGGAGUGAACUCAAGAGUUGCUGGUGAAAAGAACAGAGAGUAUAUCCUUGUGAAGAACGAUGGCGCAGAAGGAGGAUGGGCUUUGGGUGUGGUCAGCAGGGACAAGGAAAUUGGAGAAGCACAUAAACCCAUUGACGUGGACGCCAUUCAAGUUCAAUAUCAGUCCAAAGAAGACGAGGAAGAUGAGGAUGAAGAUUUCGAAGAUGUUCCAAUUGAAGGCCUCAACCGACUUCCAAAACCUUCUGCCGCGCAAGUGGCUAGCUAUCAAGCGGCUCAGAAUGCUGCGACAAGGCGCCGACAAUUCUACGGUAGCCAUCGAAAAGAAUCAACGGCCGAGGACGAAGGAUCACUUUUUGUUGGCGAUAAUGACGACAACACAGGUGGCCUGCUCCAGGAGCCGUCCGAAGACCCGCUGCAGGCUGACGAGCAAGAUGAUCUCAACCGCGCAAUCGCCAUGUCACUCCAGAAACAGCAUGGUAUUGGAGAAGAGUCAGAGAAAGAGGAAGAUUUCGAAGACGUCCCUAUUGAAGCACCGAAGUGGACACAAAAGUCUGUCGAGUCGCAGAAGCCUAUUACAGCCAAGGGUGGCUCCAUGAUUGCUCAUAUCGUCAACAACCGAGCAAGUGCUGCUGUACCCAAGCGACAAGAACGUGAUACUGCCGCCGACAGCGAUAGUGAUGAAGAUAUGCAGACAGUACUUGCAAAGGCAAGAAUGCAGAAGAAGUCACAACCAAAACCAAAAGCAAAGUUUGUGCCUGUUGUUGAAAACAAGAAGAACCCAUUCGAUGGCCCAUUGCCAUUCCCUAAACUUGAUUGGGGUUCGUCUAUUUUUGGAAAGAAGAAGACGCAGGCAGCUGGACCAAGCAAGGGCACCGAGGCCACUGAUAAAGCGCCGGCCCCAUCAAAUGAGGAGGAGGAAGAAGAAGAUGAUAUGGCUGGUGGUUUUGAGAGAGAGGCUGUUGAUGAGAACGCACCCAAACCCUUGCCACCGUGGAUGAUUGAUGAUACAGACAUCCGAGAGUCACUCAAGAAGCAGCAAGACGCAGAACGUGAAAUCAAUAAUGCUGAUAGACUUGCAGCUGAGGAAGAGGAGAGACUUUACCGCCGAAAGAUGCAGGAGCAGCUCAUUCACAUUGACUCCUCAUCAGACGACGAUAGUGAUGUUGAGGUUCUUGAUAAAGCACCUUCACCCAGAAAGGCGGCUCAAAGAGAGGCAAGCGCUGUUGAGGUUAGCGAUGAGCCCGAAGUCACCAAGGAGCCUUCCCUUGAGCCUGAAGAAUCAGAAGUUGUUCAGACAGAAGGGACAGAGGAGAAUAAGGAGGCUACACCCGUACCCGAAGCCCAAGGACUCGCAGACCGUACUCUGACAGAGUCAGCUGAGCCUCCUGCAGAAGAUGCCAAGGCUGAGUCCGAGAAGUCUGAAUCACCAGAACCGGAAUUCGAGGAUGUGGUGCCUACCAACACAGUGACCGAAGUUGCAGCAGAGAAGAGUCCUUCGCCUAUCUUUGAAGAGCUUCCUUCUAUCAGUGCACCCACCGCCAAUGAAGGAGGUCAACAAGUCGAUCCCGAAGACGAUGGUCUCUUCGACGAUUUAGAGUAUGAUGAGUUCAGUGAUCCUGGUGACGAGGAGCUCAUGGCGUCACUAGCUGAGGAAGCUGAGGAACACGCCCGUUUCGCUAGUGAACUCAAUAACAAGACGGCCGAGCAAAACAAGGAGGACUACGAAAGAGAGUUGCGCGCUCUUAGAAGUCAACAGAAGAAAGACCGUCGAGAUGCCGACGAGGUGACUCAAGUCAUGAUCACAGAAUGUCAAGCUCUACUUCGUCUGUUUGGUAUACCAUACAUCACAGCUCCUAUGGAAGCUGAAGCGCAAUGCGCCGAGCUGGUUCAGCUUGGGCUUGUUGAUGGCAUUGUGACUGACGAUUCAGAUACCUUCUUGUUCGGUGGCACAAGAGUUUACAAGAAUAUGUUCAACAGCAACAAAUUUGUAGAGUGCUAUCUGCUGGGUGACAUUGAGAAGGAGUUGUCCUUAACUCGCGACCAGCUCAUCUCUCUUGCUCAUCUGCUAGGUUCAGAUUAUACUGAAGGUUUACCUGGAGUGGGACCAGUCACAGCAGUUGAGAUCCUCUCUGAGUUCCCUGGCAAAUCAGGUCUGGAGCAGUUUCGCGAAUGGUGGAAAUCGGUACAGGGACAAACACGGCCUAAGGAUGCUGAUGUUUCGACACCUUUCCGUAAGAAGUUCCGCAAAUCACAGGGUACUAAGCUCUUCUUACCUCCCGGGUUCCCCAACCCGGCUGUCUACGAUGCCUAUUUGCAUCCGGAGGUUGAUGACAGCAACGAGAACUUCCAAUGGGGCGUGCCAGAUGUGGAGGGUCUACGACAAUUUCUGAUGGCUACCAUUGGUUGGAGUAAGGAGCGUACAGAUGAGGUUCUCGUUCCAGUCAUCAAAGACAUGAACAAGCGAGACCGUGAAGGAACUCAGAGUAAUAUCACCAGAUUCUUUGGAGGUAGUGUCGGAGCUGGAGCCAGAGAUGCGUUCGCGCCAAGGCAGAAAGGCCAAGGUAGCAAGCGCAUGGCAGCCGCGGUAGACAGACUGCGGGCGAAUGUUGCAGGUGAGGAGCCAGCGAGCGCUGCAAAUGGUGGAAGCAAGCGGAAGAGAGCUUCUAGGAGGAAUGCAACUAAUACAGCCGAGGAAGAAGAUGUUGAGGAAGGUGAUGAACAGGAAGAGGAGCAAACUACUAGUAGGAGCCGUGGACGUGGUAAGAGAGCGAAGGCUUCAUAG